GACUUGCACGAGAUUAACAGGUCCUGAACAAAUUAAACUUCAGAACAUUCUUACUUUGUGAAAACGGUAACCAAUCCCACAAAGCGGAGAAGAUGCAACAAACCAAACAUUUAAAACCGGCAUGAGUUCUUUUUAAAUGUCUAACUGUACACGAUUAUUAAAUUGAACGAUGCACGGUUGCAAUUCAUCAGUUAAGAUAACUUGUUCAGGCUAUCGAGGGAGUAGCUCACAGAGAAAAGGUACCGAGAAUGAACCUAUAAGUGUUGUAAUAUCAGUCUGCACGACAAGCUAAAUACAUAUUUAGUUUUAGUCUAGUUAUAAUUGUAGUCAUGCUGCCACGUCCAUCUGUUUAUCGUGGGAUAUGGAGAGUUGCGGUCCAAUCACUUCAGACAAGUGGAAGAACCUCUCCCUCUCGACUCUUGUCCACUCGUGAUGGAGUCCCACCUGGACUUGAAGAUCCUGACACCAUCUUUGCAUUGUCAUCAGGUCAUGGCAGAUGUGGGGUGGCUGUAGUACGUGUCAGUGGUUCCAGCUCAUCUAUAGUUCUGAGGCGUAUGGCUGGGGCCACGCACCACCUGCCUCCUCCACGAACAGCCCUGUUGCGACGCAUCACAGACCCCUGCUCCAAAGAAGUUUUAGAUCGUGGACUUGUCCUGUGGUUUCCAGCUCCUCAUAGUUUUACAGGAGAAGACUGCGUGGAGUUACACAUCCACGGUGGUCCUGCUGUCAUCACUGCUGUCUUACACGCUCUAGGAAGCGUGCCUGGCAUGAGGCCUGCUGAAGCUGGGGAGUUCACGCGGAGGGCUUUUCAUGCAGGGAAGCUGGGUUUAACUGAGGUGGAAGGACUUGGCGAUCUGAUCCACGCAGAGACAGAAGCCCAGCGGAGACAAGCUCUUCGACAGAUGUCAGGUGACCUGGGGCGUCUUUAUCAAGACUGGAGCCACAGACUGAAACGGUGCCUGGCUCAUGUGGAGGCUUUCAUUGACUUCAGCGAGGAUGAGCUCAUUGAGGAUGGAGUCUUAGAUCAAGUGGAUAGUUCAGUGUGUAGUCUGCAAGCAGAGAUUGAACAACAUUUAAAGGAUAAAAGAAGAGGUGAGCGGCUUCGCAGUGGAGUCCAGGUCGUCAUCGCAGGAGCCACAAAUGCAGGGAAAAGUAGCCUCCUCAACACACUCUGCCAGAGACCUGCAGCCAUAGUCUCUCCCAUUGCUGGAACCACCAGAGAUGUAGUGGAAACAGCGCUGGACAUUGGUGGGUUCCCUGUCCUGCUGAGUGACACAGCUGGCCUCAGAGACAGCCAAGACCUGGUGGAGCAAGAGGGAGUACGGCGGGCUCGGGAAAGGAUGCAGCAGGCUGAUCUGACUCUGGUGGUUGUGGACUCUGCUCAUCUUCCCUCUGAGGUACAGCAAGCUGCAACUUUCCUUCAGGAACACCUGAGGAGUGUGAUCGCCUCCCAGGAGCAACCUGAGACAGAGAGGUGUCUUCUGGUCCUGAAUAAGACUGAUCUGCUGCCUGAGACUCAAAGACAGAAGCUGGACAGGGAGCUGAGGCGGGUUUGUGUGCUUCCUCCUGUGUCUCUGAUCUCUUGUCAGACCAAUGAAGGAUUGAAGGACUUCCUCACAGUGCUGCACAGUACCGUCAGGACUCUGUGUGGUGAUCCUCUCUCUGGUGCUCCCACUCUGACCCAGGCUCGCCACAGGGCCCACCUUCAGCAGUGUGUGGCUUCCCUGGCUCAGUAUCAACGAUACCGUGACUCCGACCUCGCUCUGGCAGCUGAAGGUGUCCGGUUGGCUCUCACCAGCCUGGGGAGGAUCACUGGACGGGUUGGGGCAGAGGAGAUCCUGGAUAUCAUUUUCAAAGACUUCUGCAUUGGAAAAUAGAGUAUUAAAAGUGAUACUAUGAAGUAGAGGUUAUCAUGGGCCACUCGGAGAGAAAGGCUGUACUUUCACAGUCCAACAGUAUCACUUAAGAAACUGGAACAAAGAGUUCAAAGCCUCGGCUCUGUGCCAGCCAUAGAGGAACCAUUACAGUACAAUACUGAAACUCCUGCUCUUGGCUGCAGAAUAUCUCCACUCCCAAGACAUAGAGAUGUUUGUUUUCUGUUGGUCUUUUUUUAACAAACUGAAAUAGUUUUAGCGUGAUUACCGUGCCUCAAAGGCCCAGUAUACUGAACAAGUGUUUGGCAAAUGUUGAGAUGAUGAGAUGAGAUGAGUAGAUUUCUAAAGCCUUUGAUGUGUGAAAAUUGCCCUCUGGGGUUGCAACAUAACAACCAACAGCUUUUAAAGUAAAACCAGCUGCAGACCUCCAAGGUCAUGGACUGAAGGUUUGGAUAUUGUACCAGAAAAUGUAGUUUUUUUUUUUGUUUGUUUGUUAGGAGGUGGUGGUAGUGGCAGCUGGGUAAACCCAGUAUAAUGUCAUAGGAUAUUGGGAGCAGCAGGUCUGAAAGUGACUGAAUGGUACUGUCACUCAUGAUAGAUUUUUGAAACAUGGCACAAGCAGCAUGAAAAAUAUGGAAUUAUUUAUAUAUCUGAAACUAAAUGCAAAAGUUUAGUCAAAAUCCAUGUUAUUGUGAACAUUUAAAUUAUUGUAAAAUAUACUGGUCUUAAAACCAUUUAAAUAAAUAUUGUUUUUUUCUACA